AUGGACGCCGAUAGUGGGGCCAGUGUGGUUCCCUGCGGGCCAGAUGCAGAACACCCUGCAACCCCACCGGCUGUGGUGACUGCAUCUGCCGAGGGAACGGCCGAACCUCGCCAUGGCCAGACGGGUCCUUCACCUUCACCUGCUGAUCCUCCAAUGCAGUGGGAGGCCACACUCCAGGUGCUGCUGGCGCAGUUUGCUUCCCUGACUCAGCAGGUGGCUGAGCUCCAGCAUCGGAUCACCCCACUCCUUGACCGACAACCACCCCCUCCUGACCAGUGUUUGCUGAGUGACCACUUUGCCCUGGAGACGACCAUCCCGAUCCAGCCUGCCCCUGCUGUGUCCCGGAAGCGGUUGGCUGUCCCUGCUGCCCGGAUGCCGCGCCUCGUUGCCGAAGUCGGGGCGUGGUACCAUACUGUGAAGGGAUCCUUUACCGACGCCGCCUCGCUGUACCACGGCCUGCUGGACACCGUCGAGAGUUUUGUUGCAGCUGGCAGGGCCCCUCCAAGGCCCGCCAAGCGCCGCCUGCAGACCUACGCCUCGGACCCGGCUGUCUCCAACUGUCAGCGGACCCUUGCCUCGUACCAGCGGCGCUGGCAGCAGGACCCCGCCGAUCGGGCUGCCCGCGAUGCCAUGGUCGCUGUGGCGCGCCACCUCACUGAACUCAGACAAGAGGCCCGGUCACGACACUGGGUCGCCUUCCUUGCCAGCGUGCGCAAGACCCGCUCCCUGCGGGAGGUUUGGCACCAUGUCAACAGGGUGAGAGGGAGGACCAAACGGCUGGUGAGUGACCCUGACCCUGCGGGCCGGGCCCAGGACCUGAUGUGCCAGUGGCAGAGGGCCUCCUCCCUUGUUGGUCUCCCUGCACAACACCAGGCCGAACUUGCCCGCCACAGGGAGCGGCGGAUGGCCCUCGUUCAGCACCACGUCACACUUCUGGAUGACACAUGUGUCCCCAUUACCCACGAUGAACUCCUUCUUGCCGUCAAACAUGGCAAGUCGACAGCCCCGGGCCACGACGGGUUGACUUACGACAUUCUUAAUGCCUUACUCGUUGUGCAAGGCGACAACCCCCUGCUUGACCUGUUCAACAUGUCGUUUGCCGCAGGUUGCCUCCCCCCUCCGUGGAAAGCUGCAUUGAUCGUUCCCAUCCCCAAGGGUGAUGGCACCUUUCGCCCUAUCUCCCUGACGAGCUGUGUGUGUAAACUGUUAGAGCGGGUGAUCUUGAACAGACUUCUCUAA